AUGGGCCAACCCACCAAGACGAUACACGUCCACCGCCAUCAGCAGCACCUGAAAUGGUCGCGCGAUAUCCCUCCCGUCCUUACGAUCGAGUCUGGAGAGACGGUCACCUUCGAUGCCCUGGACGGCAGCAAUGGCAUGAUAACGAAAGAGUCGACUGCCGACGCAAUCAUGGAAUUCGACGUCGAGAAGGCGGAUCCGGGGUUCGGACCCAUCUACAUCAACGGUGCAGAGCCUGGGGACGUCCUCAAGGUCGAUAUCUUGGACCUCCAGCUUGGUGACUGGGCGUGGACCGCUAUAGUCCCCGGAUUUGGACUUUUGGCCGACGAUUUCCCGGAGGCAAAGCUCAAGAUAUGGCAUAUCGACCCAACCUUGCCCUACGUCAAGUUCAAAGAAGGUGUACACAUCCGCAAGGCACCGUUCCUGGGCAUCAUGGGAGUUGCACCCGGCGUCAAAGGCGAGUUCUCUACCAUCCCACCGCUGGAGACUGGUGGGAAUAUGGACUGUCGAUACCUCACCGCCGGCUCCUCGUUGUACCUGCCCAUCCGCACCCGGGGUGCCCUCUUCAGCUGCGGUGACGGCCAUACCGCACAGGGCGACGGCGAAGUAUGCGGGACUGCCAUCGAGACUACUUUGACAGCCUCACUACGCCUGACGGUCUGCAAGAACCAGCCUUGGGUUACGGCUCCGCAAUUCCAGACUCCUCCGCUCAAACAGGCACUGUCUGCGUCAGAUAUCAACUCGGAUAAGGGCGAAUACGCUACCAUGGGCAUCGACUCCGACCUCCUAGAGGCAACCCGAAAGGCAACCCGUAGCAUGAUCGAAUGGCUUACAUGCACCAAGAAUCUAACGCGAGAGGAGGCGUACAUGCUUACCAGUGUGGCAGGCUGCUUGAAAAUGGUUGAAGUCGUGGACAUGCCCAACUAUGGAAUCGUGAUGACGAUGCCACUCAGCAUAUUCGUGACGCCAGGUCAGCCAAACGGAGUAGCCCACUAA